UCUGUAACAACGCGGGGCAGCCACAAUCCCCAUUCCGCUAUUCCCCGCGCAAAUGAUGAGAAGUCUAUGGUGCCAGCUGCACCAGAAGCACUACGCCAAGGUCUAAUAAAUGUGCCAGCGCUGAGACCAACUCUAUUUUGCACGAUGUCUCUCUACCCCAGAAAUGUGUAUUCGGCCCGAUCGGCAUUUGACAAAAUAUCCUCGUUCGUGGGCAUUCUUGUGCUCAGUCAUCUUCAAAUGAUCGGCGAAAAACCUUCAUCUCAAGGUCAUUCUGUUCAAGAAGCACGAAAUAUUUCCGAGUAGAGCUUGUCUGGAUCCUGGUACGCUGCUCUAUAUAAGGAUGGCUGCUCAUAUGAGAAUAAUGGCCUUCGAAAUCGGAGGUAGCCAUCUCGCCUUGUCUAUUGAGCUCUCCUGCUAUUGCAAGCAUGUUCGGUUCUCUCCUGUUCCUCCUCGUCGCCUCUACGGCCGUCACGGUUGCCCUUCCGGCACCAAACCUUCCACAUGGCAGCUCUGACGAUGCUCUGUUCCACAUCCUUAAGGGACGCGGUAUAUUAGGCCCUAUCUCGACUGGAUCACCCGCCGGUAUUUCUGGCGGUCAGGUCGCCUCCGGAGCUCCCCCACUUAGCUCGUUCUUUGCUGGCCUCAAAGCUCCUUACCCAACAAAUACGUGGUGGGCCUCAUAUGCAGCCUCUCCUGGAAAUGGUACUGCUGCUGGUCCAUUCCCAUACGAGUCCGCUCUACACAACAAUGGUGUUGUGUAUGGUAUCAGCGGCAAUCGGGAAUUUGAUGGAACGUCUAUUAAGCAGCCAACGCAGAUCGAUUGGUGUACAUCCUUCUCCGAGCACCAAGGUGACUUUGCAAACCACAAGGCGACUGGUUUUGAUACCCAGGCCGUCACUGUCCAGUAUUUCCAAGAUGCUGCGACCAUGACGGCAUAUCUUGUCCCUGGGUCACCGUACAUGACAUUCGAAUAUUUCGGUGCCACUCCACUGUUGACGUCUAUGAAUGGUGGGAUUAAGUCGUUUAACGGGCAGACGCUCGAAGUUGGUGGAAGUGCAAGUAUCACUGACACAGAAUUUUCUGUGCUUGAUUCCGGCGGUUCCACAUACCUGAUCUAUGCCCUGUCUUCGAUCACUCUAAAGGCCACUGCUGUCUCCUCGUCCUCCGGCACGAUCCAGGCCAGUGGCGCUUUCUCUGGAGUCCUUCGCAUCGUCAAGCUUGCCGAUCCCAACCACAAGGACCUUCUAGACCAGCAUUAUCAGGUCUACCCGACUGCUGUCACUCUUGACUAUACACUGACCGACACAUCUGGCACUCUAAUUUUUGACUGGACAACUGUCGGCGAUGGCAGCAACCUGUUAAUGCUCACAUAUCCCCACCACCGUAUAAAGCUGCAGGACCCGAACUUCCCUGACACAUCAGCACUUGGUUAUCUCACAACAAAGGGGUGGAUGUAUCCCGCCGUUGGUAGCAAAUGGAGCAUGCUCUACGACCUCACUUCGAUAACUUGGGACGCGCCUCGCGCAUUAGACUCUUCUUGCUCAGAUGCUGUCCUUCAAGGCCUCGAGUACGAGGUUGGCCAGCUUGACGUUUCUAAGGCACCUAUUCCCGGAGACUUUUAUUACUGGGGUGGAACGCUCGCUGCCCAGGGGCGGCUAGCCCUCAUCGCUGAGAACCUCGACCGCUCAGAUCUCGUGACCCCAGUUAUCGAUUAUCUCAAGGCUUCCUUUGCAUACUGGUUUGAUUCUUCGUCAUCCACAGUACCUGCGUACGAGACCGCAUGGGGCGGCGUAAUCAACAAGGCCGGCGCCACGAAUGUUUACGUCGACUUUGGGAAUGGGUACUAUAAUGACCACCAUUUCCACUACGGGUACUUCCUCUCAGUGGCGGCUAUUAUCGCCAAGUUUGAUGGAAGCUGGUUAAACGAGCAUAAAGAGUUCAUCAACUGGUUCGCUCGGGAUAUCAUCAACCCAUCACCAGAAGACCCUUUCUUCCCAGUCACCCGCUGCCGUGAUUGGUUUGCGGGCCACUCUUGGGCAUCUGGAAUCGCCAACGGGGCCGGCAGCCGCGACCAAGAGUCCACCGGCGAGGCAGUGAACGGAUACUAUGGCGCGCUCCUUUGGGCCUCUGUCGCACUGUCUACAGACUACAUCAACUAUGCCAAGCUCCUCCUUGCUACUGAGCAACAUGGCGCUCAGGUUUAUUGGCAUUUGUAUCCGCAGGAUGACCCAGCGGGCCGCGAUAACCCAUAUCCUGAAGCGGAUUUAAGAGCCCUGACCACGAUAGGUAAUGUAGAGGACUGGCAGUCUGGCGCGUGGUUGUUCUGGGGUGACCAGAAGACUGAGAUCGCGGCUAUUCAGAUAUUACCCGUGAUUCCUGUUAAUGAAGUCCUGUAUGAUACCCAGUGGGUUGAGAACAUGUGGUCAUACACCAUGCCCGAGCUGGUCGACCCAACCAUUGGCGAUGAAUGGAAAGCCGUCAUCAUCAAUGCAUAUUCAAAUGCACACCCGCAAGUCGCUGCCGAAUGGAGUGCCAAUCUCACGGCCUGGGGUAGCGGGCAAACGUUCACAAACGAGCUCUACUUCAUCGGAACCCGCCCAAACCCAAGCAAUGCCCCGAUUUGCGGAUCUCUUCCACAGAAUCCAUAUGGCAGCUUCCAGAUCCAGCUCGAUUCUAAUGGCAACUACGUUGCCGCUUCCAGCGUGGACACAAACUUGAAGGCCUCUGCCACCUCCACCAGCUCUGCUGCGACAUUUAGCAGCGCCUACGUCCCAAAUUCUGGCACGCUCCAGCUUGUCAGUACGAGCCAGUUUGUGACAGCUGGCCAGACUGGGGACGCUGCACUCGCUGCAGGCGCCGCAGUAGCAUCAACUUGGGAGCGCUUUACGAUCCGUCAAAAGAAUGGCGCUGCGUCUGGGGUCUACUCAAUUAAGGCAACCAGUAAUGGGUUGUACAUCACUGUGGGCGCUGAUGGUGCACUCAUUAACAAUGGUGCAAAUGAGGCCUCAAGCGCAGGGUUCAAAUUCGUUCCGGUGUAACUUGGCUAUUAGUUGAGGCGAGUUGCGUUGUGAAAGCAAGGAUACUUGUUGACAACUAUGUACAUAAUGGUAGCUCGCAGAGAAAAUUGUUACCAGAUUGUAAUCUA